CCUGACCCGGAAACACAACAGCAGCAGUGUUCCGAUGCUAACGAUGUGUCAUCAACACAACAGGCGAGAGUAAACCCCUGUCCUGGUCGCUGAAGGAGCUGCUCGACGGGACUUGGACGUUUGUCGUCGGGAAUCACAAAGUUCACGCGCCGCCGGACGUGACCGGAAGUCUUCUGCCGCGCCUUUAGCAGGAACUAAGGCUAACUGUCCGACCCCUCGUCUGCUGGAUUCCCGACGGGAUCGGCCGGGCGGCAGGGAUGUCUUGCAGCUUGCUGGAGUUUGGUCGGCUCCAAGAGCUCAGAACCGUUCGGGACUUUUUGUUCCAGGGUCAGAAACCCGAUGCGGCGGAGGAGCGGAACCAAGCAGAUAAUGAACUUUCCUGGGACACCUCAGAUUGGGAAUCAGCAUGGGACACUGAGAAUAAUAAAGUGCAGGAAGGUGCUUCUUCCACACAGGACUGUGCAGCACCAAGUGGACCCUGGCUCCAUGACUGCAUCGUUUCCCUCUCUCCCUGCUCUGACCUGCUGGUGGUGGCCCGGGAACAGAAGGCGGUUUUCCUCUCGGCCAAGUGGCGUACAGAUGAGAGUGGCAGAGAGGAGAUGACCCUGGGGCUUUCUUGGAGUGGAACGCUCAGCACUGAGGAGGGAGAGUGUGUGAGCAGUGCAAUAGCAAUUCCGCUGGCAAGCCAGAAGAGAAGCUCCACUGGGCGGCCGGACUGGACCUGUGUUGUAGUCGGCUUCACUUCUGGUUAUGUUCGCUUUUACACAGAGGGUGGGGUCCUGCUUCUGGCUCAGUUACUGCAUGAGGACCCUGUUCUCAGACUCAAAUGUCGCACCUAUGAGAUCCCUCGCCAUCCUGGAGUAGCUGAACAGCACGAAGAACUGAGCAUCCUCUACCCCGCUGCCAUGGUUACCAUCGAUGGUUUCAGUCUCUUCCAGUCUUUGCGAGCUUGCAGGAACCAGGUGGCCAGAGCUACAGCAGCUGGCAGUGACGUGGUCCCGCCUCCUCCCCUGGCCUACAAGAAGUGGGGGCUGCAGGAGAUGGACUCCAUCGUGGACCACAGCAGUAUAGGUAUUAUGACUCUGUCUGUCUUUGACCAAAUGAAGAAUGCUUCAAUCCUUGGAGGGUUCAAUGCAUCAGUCAAGGGGAGCCCCCCUGCAAUGAGCCAGUAUGUGACCGUCGGAGCCGGGCCGUUCACAGGCUUCUACUAUGCUGUAGAGGGAAGCUCCCAACCUCUGCUGUCCCACGUGGCCAUGGCUGUAGCCAGUAAACUCACCUCAGCUCUGUUCAGUGCAGCCAGUGGCUGGUUAGGAUGGAACAAGAGCAAAACUGAAGAAGACAGCACUCCAAAGCAGAGGCCCAAAGUUGAGCCUGCAACCCCCUUAGGGAUCCGGUUUGGUCUGCCAGAUUCCCGACGCCACGGCGAGUCCAUAUGUCUGUCCCCAUGCAACACCUUGGCGGGAGUAACGGAUGACUUUGGUCGAGUCACACUGCUGGACCUGGCCCGGGGCAUUUCUAUUCGCAUGUGGAAAGGCUACAGAGACGCUCAGCUGGGUUGGCUGCAGGUUCGUGAGGAACGUGGCGAUCGGGAUUUCUCCCCCACUGGCUCCAUGCCCAGACGCCACGCCCUGUUCCUUAUCAUCUAUGCCCCCCGCAGAGGAAUCCUGGAGGUGUGGGCCAUGCAGCGGGGGCCUCGUGUUGGUGCUUUCACUGUGGGCAAACACUGCAGGUUGCUGUACGCGGGCUACCGCCUGAUGGGCGUGAACAGUGUGACCAGCCAGGGCUGGCAGCUCCACACCCAGCAGGUGUGUCUGCUGGACCCCAGCUCAGGGGUCCUGAGGACGGUCAACAUACCCUUCCACCUCGCCCUCAGUGACAAAAAGAGUGAACAGGCCAAAGACAUGCAUCUCAUGAAGAGACUCACCUCUGCACUAAAAACCAGAGACAUGGAUCCCGAGACUUUGGAAAAUGAAGCCAGAAGUGUUCUGUUGGAAAUCAAGCAUCCUGCAAUAAAGAAGCAGGCUUUGGAGUCUCUGUUGUCCAACAGGAGCGUCACCGCCUCCUGUCUCACCAGCGUCAUGGGUGCCCUAAAGGAGGCGCUGCAGCAGCAGGCGCCUGAGGAGGUGGACGUGUCUCUGCUGCAGCUGUGCUCUUCGCAGCUGAAGCUGCUCCAGCUCUACACCAACAUCCAGCAGCUGCAGGCUGCGGCUCGCUCUGAGCCCGCUUUGGGACAUGACGGCCUGGAGGACCUGGACGAUGAGCUGCUCCGUGUUUUGCCGGUGCUGCAGCAAUAUGCCGAGUUUGCUGCAAAGCCCGGCGUCUCCUUCGCUCAGGACCUGCCCAGCUCCCCCCUCCCUGUCCAGGCUUUUCUGUCCCACAUGGAGUGCUCCGAGGACGGGGAGGUACAAGUGAUUGGCAGGUCUGAAACGGAGUGGAACCAGCUUGGCUACUUCCUGUUCUGGGACAGUCUUAGUGGUAGGAGUCCAAACCAUCAGGUGUGUGAGGCGCUGCACCAGGCUGGCAUCCGUCCGCAGCACUUACUGUCUUUGCUGCUGUCCGUGUGGCUGCAAAUGGAGCAAGAAGUGCUUCAGAAACCAGUGGAAACCGUUCAAAAUCUGCACACGCAACUCGUGGCUCUCAGUAACAUGAAAGGUACAGUUGAGGACUCCUGGGACCCACAGUCUAUCUCCCCCUGGUGGCAGCAAGUCAGACAUGCGUGCGUCCAGUCCCACAAUGCCGCUGCUGCUUUAUUGGCUGCAUUAGUCGCCCACCGUGCAGCCAAGGCGAGCAUCACCAGCCUGUCAAACAGCAAGCUGCAGGCGGAGUGGGAGGCGGUCUCGCUGGAGCUGGAGCAGUGGGCGGUGUUCGUUCGCCAGCUGGAGGACGUGCUGGUGCUGCAGACUCUGCUUCUGACGCCGUCUCCUCAGGGACCAGCAGGGGGCGCCCCGGUCCAGUGCUCUAUCAAAACGCUGCUGGAGGGGGGCACAGGAGGCAUCGCAGACGCCGUCUCCAAAUGGGUGUUCAGGCAACACGUGGCCCCCGAACGACUCAGAGAAAUGCUGACGGAAAAAGAACGAGGAAAGGAGAAACCAGAGGACCAGAUGGCAGAUCUCCUGUGGUCGGUGUGUCAGCGGUUCCCACACUCCCUCUCCCCUGAUCUGCUGUUCGCCCACUGCUGCUGGGAGCAUGUGGUGCAGUGGAACAAAGACCCGGAGGAAGCUGGAUACCUGUCCUGGGCCAUGGAGCAUCUGAAACUGGUGUCCAGUCCUCACAUUCAGCUGGGUAUCUCCACCAUGAUGUGGACCACGUUCAUCGUCAAGCGUUUCUCUGCAGCUGCCUACCUCAUGGAAAAGGUCGGCAAAGCCCCCAAAGAUCGUCUGUGCCGGCGGGACGUGGGGAUGGGAGACAAAGCCUUGACCGCCUUCCUCAGCUGCUGUGUCCAGCUGCUGCAGAUCCUCAUGGAGGUGACUGGGUUUUUGGUGACUCUCAGCCCUUUGUCUUUUUUACAUUCCUACGCAGAUUCUGCCAUGCAGGAGGUCUCUGCCCCGGAGCUGUCAGUGGAGGAGGUGUGGAGUGGAGCCAGUGGGCCUGCAUCCAUCGCGGAACUGGCCCUGGAGCAAAAAGGGGUCCACUACCCGCUGGUGCAGCAUCACUUUCUGCUAGCUUCAGUGCUACACGCUGCCAUGACCUUCAACGUGAAGGUCAAGCCGCUCAGCCUGUUUGACAGCAAAGGUAAAAACGCCUUCUUCAGAGACCUGACCACCAUCCAGCUCAUGCCCAGCGGAGACAUGGACGCCGCCGUGGUCGCCCUGCGUCAGGAGUUCCUCUUUCGGCUGCUGACCGGCUGGGUUCAGGCGACAGACGACGCGUCCAACUCUGCCUGCUCUGGCUCCACUGGACCCAAAGCCGACUGGUGGCCCUCCCUGUGCCUCGAGCUCGGGACCCUUCUGCAGAUCAACCCAGACAUCCUGCGGCGACACCUCGUCUGUGAGCUGUACAGCCAGGGCCUGGACUCGCGGGCUGAAGAGCUGACGCUGGAGGUGGAGGACAAGGACGUGCUGGGCUCCCAGCUGCUGGUGCUGACGGGUCAGAGGCUCAGCUACUCGCUGCUGCACAGCCAGAGCCAGACCCAUGCCGCCAUGGAGCUGCUGGCCCGCCUGCCCCCCACGCUCUGCACGUGGCUAAAGGCUAUGGACCCCGGUGAGCUGCGGUGCCCCCUCGUGCCUCUGUCCCAGACCAGCCGGCUGGUGAGCCGCCUCAUUGAAAUCCUGCCAGAAAACCACGCCCAGUACUCCCUGGCCUUACACCUUCUGGAGGCUGUGGACGUCCUCUCCGCUGAGGACUGAAGCCGCCCGCCCGCUGGUUCUGGACUCUUCCUAAGCGCUGGAGGUUACACGGCCCUCCCCAUCAUGUCUCUGUUCAUGUGUGGACACAGAAGCUGCUUUUAAAAUGUUUUCAUUCAUCAACUUGUGCAUGACUCUGGAGAUGAAUCCAUCAGAAGUGUCGGACGGUUUGGAGGCAAAAAGGCGGGGAAACCGAGCGUCUCUGCUGCUUUCUAUCAGUCCACAGAUGUAAAUAAAGAAGAAGCGUAUUUUA